AGAAGAAGUACGACUACUUAGAAUUGGGUGGUUGGUUUGCGCUUGGUCGGGCAAACAUCAUGCACAAUAUACAAAAAUCGCCGGCACUUCACAAAAUUGCAGUGAUUCUCUCCAAAAGAAAGCUAAAUGGGCGCAGAAAUGGCAAGAGUGAAGUUGGGAAGCUGCGGCCUAGAGGUUUCGAGAUUGGGGUUCGGGUGUAUGGGGUUAACCGGGAUGUAUAACAAUCCGGUGGGAGAGGAAGAAGGGAUAGCCAUAAUCAAAGAGGCUUUCGGCAACGGAAUCACAUUUUUCGAUACUGCAGAUGUUUAUGGAGCUAAUCAUUCCAAUGAGUAUAUGGUGGGAAAGGCACUAAAGCAUCUGCCUAGGGAAAAGGUACAGCUAGCCACCAAGUUUGGCAUAUACAAAUUUGAACCUACUCAGGUUGUGGUGAGAGGCACACCUGAAUAUGUUCGCUCCUGCUGCGAAGCCAGCCUACGCCGGCUUCAGGUGGACUACAUUGAUCUUUAUUACAUUCAUCGUAUCGACACAACAGUGCCCAUCGAGGAAACUAUGGAAGAAAUGAAGAAAUUAGUUGAGGAAGGAAAAAUAAAGUACAUUGGGUUAUCUGAAGCUCACCCGGACACAAUAAGGAGGGCGCAUGCAGUUCAUCCCAUCACUGCUGUGCAAAUGGAGUAUUCCCUGUGGACACGAGACAUCGAGGACGAGAUUGUGCCUCUCUGCAGGGAACUUGGAAUCGGGGUUGUGCCAUAUGGGCCUAUUGGCCGCGGGCUUUUUGGUGGAAAGGCAGUUAUUGAGAGUUUACAUUCUAACAGCUCUUUGGGGAAACAUCCGAGGUUUACUGGAGAGAACUUUGAGAAAAACAAGAGCAUAUACUUCCGUUUAGAAGAACUGUCCAAGAAACACGGAUGCUCGCCCGCUCAGCUUGCUCUUGCCUGGAUUCUUCAUCAGGGGGAUGAGUUUGUACCCAUUCCUGGAACGACUAAGAUAAAAAACCUUCACGACAACAUUGGAUCUGUGAAGAUAAAGUUGUCGGAAGAAGACGCGAAAGCGGUUUCUGAUGCGGUGCCCAUAAGUGAAGUGGUGGGUCCGAGGGUCGGCGAGGCUCUGUACAAGUGUUCCUACAAGUAUGCACUCACUCCACCAUUGAAGCAGUGAUGGUUAUGAUAUAUAACUUGAUAAGUGUGUGCCAUUGAACAAGGUGUUUGCCCCCAACUUAUUAUUUGCCCACUUCCCAAAGGCCAAGGGCAAUUUGGACACUUCAAACCAUAAGUGUGUGCCAUUGAACAAGGUGUUUGCCCCCAACUUACCCUUUUGGAGCUUACGUAACAAACUACGCGAGCCUCCCAACGAAGCCAACAUAAAUCCCUUCCGAAUAUAAUUGUUUGCUAUACAGACUUUAAUGUAAUGUGAUCAUGAAGUAUGUUCGGUUUGACUGUAAGAAUAUACUCUGUUUUUGGGG